GAGGAGGAGGAGGAGGAGGAGGAGGAGGAGGAGGAAGAAGAAGAGGAUCCAUCUGCUGGUUGGUUUCCUCCGUCAGAGAGAAGGCCGUGCGGCGGCUGAUUUGGGAUCAGAUGAUCUGGUAGCUGCAGGACUAAUGAAGUGAUGAAGCGUCCCGGCGCUCUCUACUGCCCCUUGUGGUUCCUCCUUCUGCUGGCAGCCGGAUCUCUGCUGCUGCUGGUCCGCCUGCAGGAUCUCACCGACACCCCAGGUGUGAAUGUGCUGGUGGCUCCCAGGUGGCCUGUACAUAAGGACGACGUGGAGGCGGUCUCGUCUGCGUCUCUGUUGGAGCUCCAAGACUUCAAGCCGCCGGUCACCAAACGCCAGAGGAAGCUGCUCCUGCAGACCCCCAACCCGUCCGCCACCGUGGAACGCCACGGGAAGCUGCUCCUGCAGACCCCCAACCCAUCCGCCACCGUGGAACGCCACGGGAAGCAGCUCCUGCAGACCCCCAACCCGUCCGCCACCGAGGAACGCCACGGGAAGCUGCUCCUGCAGACCCCCAACCCGUCCGCCGCCGUGGGCGGAGAUGGAGCGGAGGAACGGCGCCGGCAGCAGCUGGCAGAGACGCAGGCGUCCCGCCGGCGCCGGCUGAACAACGUCUGCGCCGUCUACCAGCCGGGCGCCAGCGAGCAGCGCGUCUCUCGCCAUCAGGUGUCCCGGGUCUAUGUGGAGGACCGGUCCCGGCUGCUGUACUGCGAGGUCCCUAAAGCCGGCUGCUCUAACUGGAAGCGAGUCCUGAUGGUUCUGGGAGGGAGCGCCGCGUCCACGUGGGACAUCCCCCAUGACGCCGCGCACGCCGCCAACCGUCUGCGGCGGCUGGACGGCUACGACGCGGCCAGCAUCGCCGAGCGCCUGCGCUCCUACACCAAGGUGCUGUUCGUGCGGGAGCCCUUCGAGCGCCUGGUGUCGGCGUUCCGGGACAAGUUUGAGAGCCCCAACUCGUACUACCACCCGGUGUUCGGACGCGCCAUCAUCGCCAGGUACCGGGCCAACGCCUCGCUAAGCGCCCUGCGUAGCGGCGCCGGCGUCUCCUUCCCGGAGUUCGUGCGCUACUUGCUGGACGUGCAGCGGCCGGUGGGGAUGGACAUCCACUGGACGCCCGUCAGCCAGCUGUGCAGCCCCUGCCUGCUGCGCUACAGCUUCAUCGGGAAGCUGGAGAGUCUGGAGGCGGACGCCAACUUCCUGCUACGCAGCGUGGGCGCGCCCGGGAACCUCACCUUCCCCGACUUUAAAGACAGAAACCCGCGAGCGGAGAGGACGUCGGCCGCCAUCACGCGGGCGUACUUCUCUCAGCUCAGCGCCGCCGAGAGGCAGAAAGUCUUUGACUUCUUCUACAUGGAUUACCUGAUGUUCCAGUACGACAAACCCUUCUCAGACCUCACCUGAGAAUGCUGCUUUCUAUGCUCUUUUAAUCACUGUUUUUAGUCACUUUCCCGCCACUUUGAUUGCUUUUUUUCUAAGCUUUCAUGGAACGUAACCCAGAAAAUUAGAAACUGUUGGGGGACCCAACCCCCCUCUCAGACCGGCACUGAGAGCCAACGGAAGAUCAGAAACGUUUUGUUUUUAGAAUCUUUUCUGUCACAUUUUCCAACGAAAAAGCAACUAAAACGUUGAUCAAAGGGACAAAAAGCGGUGGCAUUUUUUUGCAUUUGUGUAGCUUUUUUUAUUUAUUUGUUGAUGUCUGUAAAACUGUUGCCAAGACACUUCCAUCUGCAAAUAUGGUCGCUUACAAAUAUUUAAUCCGUGGACUUUUUAUAUUUAAGUAAAACUUCUGUCGAGCCCAGAACGGUGAUUUAAAAACCUAAAAGCAACGUAAAGUCUCUGAUCCAGAGGAAGAAACACUGCUGCAUAGAUCCAGGAAAUCAACCUGGGAGAUUAGAAACUUUUCUGACGCCAUUUCAUGUCAAAUAUGAUGAUGACUCGUUUACCCACAAUGCAGCUGCACUGCAGGCUUUAAAUCUGCAAUGUAGAUAAAUGUGAUAAACUAAAUGUGUGUUUGAUGAACUAAAUGUGUGUUUGAUAAAUUAAAUGUGUGUUUGAUAAAUUAA